AUUCUUAUUAUUUUUUAGGUCAUUUAAAAAGAUAACUAUAUCACUUUAAAUAAAAAAUAUCACAAAUUGUACACAGAAAAAUUCAUAAUUUAUCGAUAGAACAAUCGUUAACACGUGCAUCACCAGCGCAUUAACGUGGUUUUACGAAUUGGUUAGAUUCUUUGCGUUUGAAUGAAGUAUUUUAUAUAUUCAAGCCAAGAUAUGUCGAUCAUUCAGACCAUACCACAUUUAUCAAAAGGACAAUCAGAUAUACCAUUUAUCAUUCCCACAGUUGGAACUCAUACCGCGCUGAAGAUUUUACAUAAAAUAAAUGAAUUCCGCGCGGAUCGGACUCUUUGUGAUAUCAUAUUGCAAUGCGAUGAUGGCACCAGAAUUUCAGCGCACAGGCUAGUCUUAUCCGCCGUUAGCCCGUAUUUUGAAACCAUGUUUCAAGCAAACAUGGCCGAAAAGGGGCAGCUACUAGUGAAUAUAAAAGGAAUCGACUCUAACACUUUAAGUAUCUUAGUAGAUUUUGCGUACACCACUGAAAUUUCCGUGUCUGUAGAAAGUAUAUUCAACUUAUUAACUGCAGCCAAUAUGUUAUGUUUUGAAGAAGUAGAACAAAGUUGUGUUGAAUUUCUUUGCAGAAGCUUGAGUCUAGAAAAUUGUGUGGAUAUUUGUACGAUAGCCGAAAUGAUCAACUGUGAAGAACUACAUCGUAUGGCAACGUUGUUUGUGUCAAGUAAAUUUCGACAGCUGGUGAAAGACAUAAGCUUCGUCAACCUAACCCCGCUACAGCUAGAGACAGUUUUAAGUAACGAUAACUUAAAUGUGACGUCUGAAGCUGAAGUUUUUGACGCCGUCAUGACUUGGGUACAAUGCGACAAAAUUAGUCGAGCGGAAUAUUUAUCAAUCUUAUUGAGACAUGUUAGGUUCCCUCUUAUGAGUCGAAAAUAUUUGGUUGAUCGAGUGCUGCAUGAAGACCUUAUUAUGCAACAAGAAGCGAGUCGCGAUAUAGUACUGAAAGCACUUGAUCAUCACCUGUUACCAGAGAGAACCGUGAUGGGAGAUUUUGCUUUGAUUACGAUGCCCCGACAGGUUACUAACAGAACACUGUUUGUUCUAGGAGGUGAAGUAAAAGGCAAAGCACGAAGUUCUGUUGAGUGUUUUGAUUUUAUGUCAAAUACAUGGAGACGCGUCACGUCCAUGCUGAUGCCUCGAAAGCACGCAGCAGUCGCAGUGUUGGAUGGUGUCUUGUAUGCUAUUGGUGGCAUCAAUGAUAGCAUGGAUUUGAUUACUUGUGAGAAAUAUGAUCCAAGCACUGAAUUGUGGAGCCCUGUGGCUAGUUUGAAGCAAUGUAGAGGAGCGCUAAAUGUUACUGUGGUUGACGGCUGGCUGUAUGCUUUGGGUGGUUCCAACGGUAAAGAAGCCAUUAAAACCGCAGAACAGUACGAUCCAUUAUCCAAUUCGUGGACAACCCUACCACCUAUGAGAUUACCCAGAAGCCAUUUCGGCGUGGCGGAGCUACACGGUAGAAUAUACGCGAUAGGUGGUUAUUGUGGUAUAUCUGAGGUCGAACAUUGCGAGUAUUUUGAACCUUCUUCUGGUAAAUGGUUUGAAAUCACCGGGCUGAAUAAGUCACGGAUGAAUCACGCAGUUGUUUGUUGUAAAGAACGUAUAUACGCUAUCGGUGGUAAAAAUUCAAUGGGUGUUCUUAAUUCUAUCGAAAAAUUUAAUCCAGAUUUGAACAUGUGGUUGAUUAUUAAAACUAAAGUUAAACUGAGUGUCGGAAUGAAUGCGUGUUUAGGUUUUCAACCGAACAAUGAAUGUGAAGAAGUAUACGUACUUGGUGGAAAAGACAACGACGGUGAAGAGCAAAAUGAAGUGAAACUGAUAAGUUUAAAAUCACCCGACUACGUCGUAAGUAAAAGCGUACCAAUGUUAGAGACUAGAUCAUACGUCGGUGCGGCCCUGUUGUGAAGCAUUGGCGUGUCACGCAUACUAAUGUAAUAAAAGUUAUUUUUAAAUUUCAUUAGUAUUUAUAUUUUUCUUUAAUUUCAGAAGCAAAUGCUUGUGUAAAAAUCAAAAUAUAAUCAACUUACUACUGGCCAGGCACUUCAAAACUUCGUUGCUAAAAGAAUUACCCCAUCAGUUUGUUAAGGGCUGCGAACUAGGUUGUGUUAUUGCUUAAGUUAAAAUAAGACUCGUUUUUUAUGUGGCUGUAUUUUGCGCCAUGACUCAAAUAGCUCACGAGCCUUUUUGUUAGUGCAUGCGCACUUUCAAAACUUACAUAUUUUGUCUAAGUGCGCACAUUCUAACAAAACUCGCGAUGCAGUCAAAUAGAAAGCGCUUAAUAUAUCUUUAGCGUACUACGCUGAAAUAAAUUUGUUUCCAAGUACUGAUUUUUGUGAAUGACUUUCUGAAGAAUGUGUCCUGGGUUUUAAGUUUCGUAAAUUUGACCACUUUUCGCGUGCAUAAAAGUAGUUUUUAAAUAACGUGUUAAAGUGCUUGUAAAAACUUAGGUUUCAAUAUUUUUUGUAGAUAUUUUUUUGUAGAUAUUAAAAACAAUUCCCAAUGGGAAUAUUUGUUACAAAUUAUAGAUCUAUUUAAAAAAAAUCGAUGGAAAUACAAUUAGUCAAGGCUUAUGGAAUUCAAAAAAGUGUUCUUUCUGGCAUUAUCUAUACUUUUAUGUAGUUUUAUACAUGUUGUAAAUAUUACCUUGUCGUCAUAUGUGGCAAUCCAUUUUCUCCAUUUUUGGGAUUCAACGAUAAUAGAAUGCAUAAUAUUUUUUGUUUAUGCUUAAUGUAAUAUAUAAAUCUCAAAUAUUGUUCACUUCAUUCUGUUUACUGUAGUAAGAAAAAGUUAUUACUGCA